AUGAAUGUUUUUGAUCUUAAAAGAAAAUCAGGAAGAGGUAGUAUUCAAAGAGAAAAAGUCAUUCCCAUUAAUUCCAUCUUUACAUGCAAAUAUAAGGAUGUUUUUUAA